UCGCUGCUUACGUCUGCUGUCCGUGUCGUGCGCCAGUCGUAGAAAAGAGGCUGCUGGUCGUCAUUAUUUCUUGGGGACGACCUUUUUGUGAUAUAAAAUUCAGUGGAGAAAUACAGUGCUGGUCGAAAAGUAUUGGAAAAAAAGGGGGUUGUAUUUUGGGGGAAGAGUGCAAAGAGAAAGAGAGAGAGAAGGAGGAAGAGAGAAGGAGGUGAGAUAAGAAGACAAGGAGGAAGGAGAGAGAAGACGAGAAGAAGAAGAAGAAGAGAACAGAAAAUGGCCGGUUCUGUAGGAUUUCGAAGCGGCGGAGCCCUGUCUGCCGCCGCCCUCCUGCUCUUCUGCGCCGCCGUGUGGAGUCCCCAGGGCGCCGUAGCUGUCA